GUAACUGGACUCGUCUUGCAUCUACACCGUCACUACCAUCUCGCUGUUUCUUAAAGCCAGCACUACUACAUCAUCGUUUCAUAAUGCUGCAAAACCAGCUGCUAAUCUCAUGGGCGCGCGCAGAAUCGGUCAAACCGCCGCCAUGGUCACCAUGGCCACUGGUGGCAUCUUUGCAAAGCCCUUAAUUAUGCAGAAACACCCAGUCGCUUGUCAAGCAGUGCCAACAACAACAACAGCAGUCGUCCUAGAAGACGAGCAAGCACAACAAAUUGCCCACCAGCACCGCUCGUUAAUUCAUAAAGGCGAGCUUUCGUUUGGCACUUUGCUCGGUUUAUGCACCGGUUACUUUAUAAAAAAGAUGGGUCGACUAUUUGCAUUAAUGAUUGGCAUGGGCUUUGUUUGUCUUCAGAUCAUGUCAGCCAAAGGCUAUGUAACUGUGCAUUGGGACCGCAUGCAAGCGGGAUACAAUAAGCAGAUGGAUGUGGAUCAAGAUGGUCGUGUUACUGUUCGAGAUGUACAAAGCAAGUGGCGAAAACUGAUCAAUCUUUUGACCAAGAAUAUUCAGUUCAAAUCGACGUUUUUGGCGGGUCUUUAUGCUGGUAUUCGCUUCGGGUAGAGUGUUACUGCUCUAAUAGCUGUAACCCUUUGAAACAAGAAAGCAUGUAAAUUCUAUAUAAAACACCCUCAUAAGCUUUACGUGACCUUUUGAAGAUCCUCUCUUGAGGUGGAUUUUAUCGGAGGACUACUGUGAUAUGAGG